AUGGAAAAUUUGAACCCAGUAAUACUAGAGAUAAGCUCCGAUGAUGAGGCCAGUUUCGACGAUGGCGGCGGCGGCGGCGGAGAAGACCAUGAUUGGCUAUCGGAGCUAUUAGACGAGGUGGAUGGAGGUACGGAUGAUUCUGAUGACGUGGUUUUCGUGGAUGAGGUGGUUGUCAAGCCAAAGAAACCAAGAUUAAGUUCUCCUAAUUCUUCUGCAAAAACUGUAAAUUAUAAUGGCGGCUAUGAUGAUGAUGAUGAGUGUGUGAUUCUCGAUGGUGACCCUGAUAAGCUGUUGGCGGUCGAGAAUAGUAAAGUAGAUGAUGAGGGUUCUGAUGAUUUGCUUGUUGUUGGUGAAAAGGGACAGGUUGCAUGCAGAGACUUCCCUCACCCGCGGCAUCUUUGCGUAACAUUUCCAUUUGCUUCUACUCCCCAUGAUACUCACUGUGACCGGUGUCAUUGUUAUGUUUGUGACUCACUUGCUCCAUGUGUCCAUUGGAGCUCCAGCAUUUCCAGCAUUGACCAUUGUCAUGCUACAGAUAAAGAGGAGUUUUGGAGAGCUCAACGGAAAAGCAUGAAGGAAAGUGACAAAACACAACCAAUUACUAAUGUUGUUCCCCAUGUGAGUCCGGUUCAGUCAUUGCCUCCAGUACAGGCCAACUCUUUGGCGCAGAAUCAGGAUUUUAAUCAAGUCACAGUGCGCCCUAGGACCCAUUUUGGCAUUCCAAAUAUCACGAAUCAAGGCAGAAGUCAAGCAUCUAGAUCUGCUCUUCCUGGAUAUCAAUCACAUUUGGUCCGCCAACAGUUGCAUAGUAGUACACACAAUAGGAGUGAUUUCUCUAGGACUAGAAGGCACACUGUAGGAAGCAGAGGCCCUCAGUUCAUUACUCCAUGUACAGCCUUCAAAAAAAGUGGACCGGCCCAGGUUGAUUCGGUGAAUGAUAGGCGUGGCUAUGGUUUAUCCAAAAACAACUACAUGUCGCAGUUUUCUAAUAACCCGCCUCUGCCUUGGUGUCAUGCUUCUCGUGGCAAAGUGCAUACGAGUGUAAGUGAUUGUGCAAAUUUUGCACCCCACGAACCUCAAAUGUCAUCUCAGACACCUUUGAGCAGCCCGGUUACAAAUGCAAUACCCUCCCAACCUCAAGUGUCUUCUCAACAAUACAGAAGCAAUCCCUUGCAGCCCCAAAUUGCUUCCCAGCCGUAUGUCAGUAACCAUUUCCAGAACACGACUAUCCCCCAGUGCUCACUGGUGUCACGGCCUAAUGGGGGCAAUGCCUUUCAUCCUGUAUCUUCUCAAAGCCGUGUUACCAACCCACUCUACACAGGCAACACUUUUGAACAUCCACUGUCCCCAAUGUCCUCGCAGCGCAAUAUGGAUAGCUCCUGUGGACGUUUCAUCUCAUCUCAACCUCAAGGUUAUACUGACCCUACUUCGUUACCGAAUGGACAGAAUAUUUUUCAGCAAGAGAAUCAAAUGCAAAGUGGUCUUGAUUCAAAUUGCGCAGAUUUUGGGUUUAGUUGGGUUCCCCCUAUCAGCGGAAGCAACCAACAGAUCCCUGCAGGUAGUUCCCAACUUCAAAAUCCAGUACCGGCAAAUAAUUUCCUGUAUCAAAGUGUAGCAAAAGAAGAUGAUGCCCAGUUUCAAAGUGUACCAGCAGAAGAUAACUCGUAUGUUCAUGUACCAGAGGAUAGUUUUUCCCUCGUAGAUGACAUUAAUUCCCGGUUUCCCGGGAUUACAGAUCCUGACUCAUUGGACUUUCAAUUUGACACUUGGAUGUUUGAGAAUCAGUCUGUUCCAGGGGCUUUGGAGGUUUCUGUUCCUCCUGGGUUGAAUGCAUACUCCCCUGAACCGGGUACUAUAGAUGCAGGGACUCUCUUCGAAUUUUAA